AUGGCAUUGACUCUUCAGAGCCCCGGAUGGCACCUGUCCUCACCACCUGUGGUAGACACCGGGAGCGGCAAGGUCCUGGGGAAGUACGUCAGCGUGGCUGGAUUUGCCCAGCCUGUGGCUGUUUUCCUGGGAGUCCCGUUCGCCAAGCCCCCUCUUGGAUCUCUGAGAUUUGCUCCACCGGAGCCUGCAGAGCCCUGGGAGUUUGUGAAGGAUGCCACCUCCUACCCUCCCAUGUGCUCCCAGGAUGCAGUGGCCGGGCAGGUGAUCUCUGAACUCUUUACCAACAGGAAGGAGAGCAUCCCCCUCAAGUUUUCUGAAGAUUGCCUGUACCUAAAUAUUUACACUCCUGCUGACUUGACCAGGAAGAACCGGCUGCCGGUGAUGGUGUGGAUCCAUGGAGGUGGUCUCAUAACGGGAGGCGCAUCGACCUAUGACGGGCUGGUCUUGUCUGCCCAUGAAGACGUGGUUGUGGUAACCAUUCAGUAUCGCCUGGGGAUCUGGGGCUUCUUCAGCACUGGGGAUGAGCACAGUCGUGGAAACUGGGGUCACCUGGACCAAGUGGCUGCACUUCAGUGGGUCCAGGAGAACAUCGCCAACUUUGGAGGGAACCCUAGCUUGGUGACCAUCUUUGGAGAAUCGGCUGGAGGUGAAAGUGUCUCUGUUCUUGUUUUAUCUCCACUGGCCCAGAACCUCUUCCACCGAGCCAUCUCUGAGAGCGGAGUGGCCUUCAUUCCUAUUCUGUUCAAGAACGAAAGCAGGUCCGCAGCCAAGCAAAUAGCUACGUUUGCUGGGUGUAAAACCACCACCUCCGCUGUCAUGGUUCACUGCCUGCGCCAGAAGACAGAGGACGAACUCUUGGAGACCACGCUGAAGAUGAAAUUCUUUGCUCUGGAUUUCCUUGGAGAUCCCAGAGAGAGCUGGCCCUUACUGCCCACGGUGGUGGAUGGAGUGUUCUUGCCGCACCCACUGGAAGAGAUCAUAGCUGAGAAGAAAUUCAACAUGGUCCCCUACAUCAUUGGAAUCAACAAGCAAGAGUUUGGCUGGCUUCUUCCAAUAAUGAUGGGCUACCCACUCUCCAGAGGGAAAUUGGACCAGAAGACAGCUGCCUCUCUCUUGUGGAUAUCCUACCCCUUGCUGGCUGUCCCUGAGGAACUGACUCCAGUUGUCGCUGAGGAGUACUUAGGGGGGACAGAGGACCCCAUCAGAAAGAAAGACCUGUUCCUGGACCUGCUUGGAGAUGGGGUCUUUGGUGUCCCAGCCGUGAAGAUGGCACGUCAUCACCGCGAUGCCGGAGCCCCUACCUACAUGUACGAGUUUCAGCACCGCCCAAGCUCCUCACCAGAGAGGAAGCCCCUGUCGGUGACAGCAGACCACGGCGAUGAGCUCUUCUCGGUCUUUGGAGCCCCGCUCUUGAAAGAGGGUGCCCCCGAAGAGGAGGUCAAGCUCAGCAAGAUGGUGAUGAGACUGUGGGCCAACUUUGCUCGGAAUGGGGACCCCAAUGGAGAAGGGCUGCCCCACUGGCCAAUUUACGACCAGAAGGAAGGCUACCUACAGAUUGGCAUCACCCCUCAAGCAGCCCAGAAGCUAAAAGCCAAGGAGGCGGCUUUCUGGACUGAGGUUCUGGCCAAGAAGUCGCCAAAAGCAGGACACACAGAGCUCUGAGCGGAGGGCGCCGAUGUCCAGGGAGGGCGCCGAUGUCCAGGGCCAUGCAGGGCGAGUCUGCCGCCAGCUUGGCGGCGGCUUCUUAAUUCGGAGA